AUGGAAAUUUUCUCUCACCACUGUUUUCUAGUUGCAUUUCUCGCGUUGCUGGGCGAGAUUAUCGAAAUGGCGGAUGGUUACAAACGAAUCAGGCCGUACAAGUACUAUCAACCUAGGCCAUGGCGGCGGCCUCGAUGGUACGCAGAUCACAAAUCAUCGAAGUUCUACCAUUCUAAGAGGAUAUCGCCGGAAGACUAUUAUUCUCGUAGACCAAGUAAUAACAGGUACGAUUCGGCGAGAGACGAAUUCGACGGACGCGUAGAGAAUCAGCCUUACACCAUCCUGAUACAAUUACCUAAACGCGAGGACAAAUACGGGGAUGAUAAUUACGUGCACAAAAAGAGGAAAUACGAAAAAAUUUCUAUUCCACUGUACGACAACGAGAAUGAUUAUAUCUACGAUGAGAGCGAUACCGAUUCGAAGGUGGUCAACCUUAACGACAAAAAGGUGUAUAUAAAGAUGGUCAAAGGUGAACAUCCAAAAUUGCAAAUCCAAAUAUCAAGAUCGGACAAUGAAGGAAAUAUAAAAGGCACAAAGAUUUUACCAAUAUUACCAAAAAUACACGAGAAUUUCACACCGUCUGUACAAUCGGAAACCAGGGCUUUCACACCUCACGAAAAUUUUUGA